UUUCUUAAAAUUAAAGCAAAAGAACGCAGAGUAAAUCCGAAGAAAUUACUAACAAUUCAUUCUCUCCGGGCAAAGCAGUGAGUGGAUUCAGAUCCAGUCUGACCGUAGGAAUUCCGAGAGAGAACGGUUAGGAGAAGAUGGAGAAGAUGAACAAUGCGUUUGAGAAGAUGAAAAUGCUGGUGGGAAUGGAGGUGGAAGAUGAGCACCAACAGCCUGCAAUUGAAGAAGAUGGAAACUCUUUCUCUUUCAUGGACGAUUUCAAUCGCCAGUGCACUUUGACCACCAAACAGAGGUUUUAUGGGUUUGCCAUCUGCUUGGUUUCUGGGUUGACUUGUACACUCCUGUCAAUCCUUGUUUUCUUCCAUCCAAUCAAGUUUGGAAUCACAUUUACAUUUGGCAAUUUGCUUGCACUUGGAAGCACCGCAUUCCUCAUUGGUCCAAAAAGGCAGGUGUCAAUGAUGCUUGAUCCUGUUCGUAUAUAUGCAACAGCUAUAUAUCUUGCAAGUAUGAUAAUUGCUCUGUUUUGUGCCUUCUAUGUUCGUAACAAGCUAUUGACACUUCUGGCUAUCAUGUUAGAAUUUGGUGCACUGAUUUGGUAUAGCUUGAGCUACAUCCCUUUUGCGAGGUCAAUGGUUUCAAAGAUCAUGGUAUCCUGUUUCGACACUGAAUUUUAAUCUGAAGACGAUCUUGAAUGAAUCUACCUGUGGGAUUUCGUGUACAUACAAAUACAAAGAAGGGAGGUCAGUCCUGAUCUGUAAAACCGAAGUAUGGGAUAUGUCUAUUAUGUACGAAUAGUAAAUCUCAAAGACGAAUUUUCCAUGCGAAAUCUCCUCUUCUGCUCUUAAUUUUCUUACAUAUGAUGAGAUGUUUCUUUGAUAAUGGAAACUGCAACUUUGAACAAGUUUAUUUUUGGGGGGAGGAUUUCGUGCGUGUAAUUAAGCGAUUUUAGCGUGAUGCAGAUCAUUCUGCCUGGUUUAAAUUUUGAUUUUUAAAUUCGGUUCAA